CGUCGAUACCAUAUUGGGAACCGGAAAUUACCAAGCUAAUUCCGGAAGCUGGAGUGGAUGUGACGUUGUUUAUAUUAGAACGAAGAAGCAUGCAUUCACGGAGGUGACCUUAUGUUGAAACAUUAAUGUAACAAGGCUUCUAAUCUUGCAAUAACACACUGUAUGUAAUUGGUGUGGCUGUUAUUCAGCUGUGCAUCGUAGCUAAACGUUAUCUUCUAACAGUUCAGUUGAAAUAGUCACUACUGAGAGCAACAUUUGAGAUGGCAGAGGCACAUCAAGCUCGUGUACUGAAAACCAUAGAGGAUAUGGUUCAAAGUUUAGAACGGUACCACAUUCGCAAGAUGCAAGGUCUCAUGUUCAAGUGCAGUGCAGAGUGCUGCGAGCGCUCCGUAGACUCCAUGUCACAGGUGCACAAUUGUAUUGAACGCUGCCACACCCCUCUGGCUCAGGCCCAAGGACUAGUGACCAAUGAACUGGAGAAAUUUCAGGACCGGCUGACCAGGUGCACCAUGCACUGCAAUGACAAGGCCAGGGACCUGUUGGACUCUGGAGCCAAGGAGCCAGCCGUGAGGGCCCUGAUGGAGAACUGUGUGGGCAGCUGCGUAGACGACCAUGUCAACCUGAUCCCAAGCAUGACACACAGACUCAAAGAGAACCUGAACUCUAUUCCACAGUGAGAAGGGGAGAGCGUACUGCAGAUGCACGAGACAUCUUGGGCUACAGUGACAAAGGGGUUCAUAAAGUUCUCUGACAGCAAGGAAGUCUAAACAAUUGGAAAUGCAGUGUUUCCCCUAUAUGCAUUUGUAUAAUAAUGCAUAGAUGUAUGCCCAAGGAAGACCCCAUAACCCCCCUCUCCACACUAACUGCUAGAAAAAAUCCUAGGCGAAAAACUGAAAUGGCAGAUCCAAUACCUCAGUGAGGGAAAGGGACAUGUGGGGUUUACAGCUUGCAAGGGUGAGAUUUGAGUCCAUGUCAGCGAGGGUGGUGGGGAUAUACCGCUGCUCAGUCAGAAGAAACUACAGAUCCCUUGCAAACUGGUUGGCCUACAUGUUUCUGUGUGGAGCACUUACUGUUUAUUAGUUUAACUUAGACCAGAGACAUGCCAGAUGAAUGUUCUCAGCAGGCCUGUGACAUUACAGAAUUGUCUAACAUCAAAAUACUGCUAUAUGUGAACUGUGUGUGAGGGUAAUUGAUUACAUUUCCUGAUAACCGAGCUGUUGUAUGAUUGUCUUUAUUCUGCCUCAGUGACUGUCUUCUUAAUAUCUGCAACCCGUUCUGUGAUUCUCCCUCCAUCAGUUUUUAUAUAAAAAUGUAAACAAUGGUAAAAAGGG